AGUGACCCCAGAGGAGGACGAGCGGUCUCAGCUUCUGUCUGUUUGGGGGACUCGGCUGGCGGUGCUCAGGGCCUACUCCUGACUCCGUGCGCAGAUGGGCCCCGGCCUCCGCAUGCACGCAAACCGCGCGGGUGGAGCCCCGGUGCCCGGCCGCGUCCUGGCACGUUCCUCCCCCCGUUUGACAGCUAGGGGAAACUGAGGCCAGGCGGGGCCUUGAGCGCCUCCGGGCUCGCACGUCCCCCGGCCGCAGGGAUGCGGCGCCCGGCGCGCGCGGAGCCGGAGGGCGACCCCGAGGAGCUGCGGGAGGCCGAGCUGGACCGCGUGCGCGCCUGCCGGACGCCCGUGCGCGCGCUGCCCUACGCCCUGGUGGACAGGCGCGUCAUCCGGCAGCUGCGGGAGCCCGCGGGGCCGGGCCGCUCGUGGCCGCGGCGGUGGCAGCGCGGACGGCACGAGGCUGGACGGCGGCUGCGGGACGCUGGACGGCGGCUGGCCCGGGGCUGCGGCCUCUGGGAGGGGGCGCUCUACGAGAUCGGGGGGCUCUUCGGCACCGGAAUCCAGUCCUACUUCACCUUCCUUCGCUUCCUGCUGCUGCUCAACCUGCUGACCCUGCUACUGACCGCCAGCUUCGUCCUGCUGCCCCUGGCCUGGCUGCGUUCCCCCGACCCCGGACCUGCCCUCAACGCCACCCUCCAGUGCCCCCGCGCCCAGGCCAGUGUCCCCAGGUUCCACAACCGGCUCUGGGACGUUCUGACGGGCAGGGCCUUCAACAACACCUACCUCUUCUACGGCGCGUACCGGGCGGGACCCGAGCACGCCUCGGCCUACAGCAUCCGCCUGGCCUACCUGCUCAGCCCGCUGGCCUGUCUGCUGCUCUCCUUCUGGGGGACCCUGUGGCGGAUGGUGGCAGGCCUGCCGCAGCAGCUGUACCUGGGCCAGGACUACAGGGCUCCGCUCAGCGCCAAGGUCUUCUCCUCCUGGGACUUCUGCAUCCGCGGCCACGAGGCAGCCGCCAUCAAGAAGCACGAGAUCAGCAAUGAGUUCAAGGUGGCCCUGGAGGAGGGGCGGCGGUUCCAGCUGGCCCAGCAGCUGUCCAGGGCCCAGCGCGCCUGCCGCCUGCUCAGCUUCCUGCGGACCAACCUUCUCAUCACGCUCCUGGUGGCCGGGGCCAUCAGCACCAUCUUCUGGGCCACCAAGUACUCGCAGGACAACAAGGAGGACCCCUCAUCCGUGCUGCUCCAGUACCUGCCCCCCGGCGCCAUAGCCCUGGCCAACUUCCUGGGUCCCCUGCUCUUCCUGUUCCUGGUCCAGCUGGAGAACUACCCCCCAAACACCGAGGUCAACCUCACCCUGGUCUGGUGCGUGGUGCUCAAGCUGGUCAGCCUGGGGAUGUUCUUACUGUCGCUGGGCCAGACUAUGCUGUGCAUUGGCAGGGACAAGACCAGCUGCGAGUCCUAUGGCUACAACGUCUGUGACUACCAGUGCUGGGAGAACGCGGUGGGCGAGGAGCUGUACAAGCUGAGCACCUUCAACUUCCUCCUCACGGUGGCCUUCACCUUCCUGGUCACGCUGCCGAGGAGGCUGCUGGUGGAGCGCUGCUCGGGCCGCUUCUGGGUCUGGCUGGACCGGGAGGAGUUUCUGGUACCCAAGAACGUGCUGGACAUCGUGGCAGGACAGACGGUCACCUGGAUGGGCCUCUUCUACUGUCCGCUGCUGCCUUUGCUCAACAGCAUCUUCAUCUUCCUCACCUUCUACCUCAAGAAGUACACCUUGCUGCGGAACUCCAGGGCGUCUGCUCGGCGCUUCCGGGCCUCCAGCACCACCUUCUUCUUCCAGCUGGUUCUCCUGCUGGGGCUGCUCCUGGCCGCAGUGCCGCUGGGCUACGUGGUCAGCAGUGUCCACUCCUCCCGGGACUGCGGCCUCUUCGGCAACUACUCAGCCCCCUGGCAGGUGGUCCCCGAGCUGGUGGCGCUGCGGCUUCCUCCUGCUGGCCAGCUGGUCCUCCACUACCUGGGCUCCCACGCCUUCAGCUUCCCCCUUCUUGUCCUGCUCAGCCUGGUCCUGACUGUGUGCAUCUCCCAGUCCCAGGCCAAUGCCCGGGCCAUCCAGGAGCUCCGGAAGCAGCUGGUGUGGCAGGUGCAGGAGAAGUGGCACCUGGUGGAUGACCUGUCGCGCCUGAUGGCUGAUUCGCGCCCCGGCAGCCCUGAGGGCCCCGAGUCUCCGCUGUCCGCAGUUUCGCGCCCACGAUCCUUCUGCCCGGGGUUCCCCUGCCCCGGCUCUCCGGGCCCCAGGCCCCCGCAGCCAGGACCCUCCGGCGUGGAUCCCGCGGCGAUGGGCAGACCCGGCCUGGAUCGCCAUGACCCGGUUCCAGCUUGUCGAUUCCGAUUCCCCAGUAGCUCGGAGCCCUAGGUCCACCCCGUGAUCACGCCCUGCGUGCGACCAAAGCCAGCGUCACCCUUGCCCCGCACUCCUGCCCCCUCCUCUGAGGGCCCCCAUCAACCCUCUCAGUGGCCCCCCAAGCCGGGUACCCAGAAGGGGGUAUGCCCGAGGGCAGAGGGGGGAAAUACGGGAAGGCCUUUUUUGGGGGGGCAUUGAGUCACACCCGGCGAUGCUCAGGGGUUACUCCUGGCUCUGCAGUCAGGAAUUACUCCUGGCGGUGCUCAGAGGACCCUACGGGAUGCCGGGGCUCGAACCCGGGACAGCCGCGUGCGAAGCAAACACCCUCCUCGCUGGGAAGGUGUUUUUAAUUUUUAUCUCAUUGCUUUUUAAUAGGGAUGCACCUGGCGGUGCUCAGGUCUUUUCUUUUUUUUUUUUUGGGGUCACACCCGGCGAUGCUCAGGGGUCACUCCUGGCUCUGCACUCAGGAAUUACUCCUGGCGGGGCUCGGGGAACCAUAUGGGAUGCUGGGAAUCGAACCCGGGUCAGCCGCGUGCAAGGCAAACGCCCUACCCGCUGUGCUAUGGCUCCAGUCCCGGUGCUCAGGUCUUAAUCCAGGUUGUCUCCAGGGUCACUCUGGGUUCAGGGGUGCGAGAGAGCGAGCCUGGGUGGGCCGCGUGCGAGGCAGGCACCUUUACCCCCGUACUGUCUCUAGAGCUUCUUGUCUCGUGUAAAAAAAAAAAAAUGUGUGCGUGUGUUUCUAAAAGAAUUUUUUUAUUAUUGUUGCUUUGGUGCCAAGCCUGGUGGUUACUCCUGGCUCUGCGCGCGGGGAUCCCCCCCUCACCCAGUGGGCCUCAGGAACAUGUCUAGUGGGGGUGUCCAACCUGAGUCAGCCUCGCCCGCUGUGCUGUCUCCCCGCCUUCCUGGACAAUUCUAAGGUGCAGGUGCACUGCCCUAGAGACCCAUGACUCCCAGCGUAUCGGGGCACGGGUUGGGCCAACAAGAUUCUGGGAGCUGUCCCCUGGGGCUGCUCCCUGCGGUGCUGGGGGAACCAUAUGGUGCCCAGUUUGAGCCCGAGUCUGCAUUUACUGAAUAUACAUCCAUUAGGAGCGCUCAGAAACUGUAUGGGGCCAU